AUGUCUGACAAGAAAGUCUCCAGGCCCUGCCAUCACUGCAAGAGCGGGUCAGCCCAAACAGACACCUCCAAGAUCCACUAUGAGAAGUUCUGGCUGUACCGUCACUGCUCUUCAGUGCAGCAGAGGGACCGGCAAGCUCAGAAGGCUGGGCAGCUCUUCUCAGGGCUGCUGGCCAUGAAUGUGGUAUUUCUGGGCAGUGCCUUCAUCAGCAGCAUGAUCUUCAACAAGGUGGCCAUCACUCUAGCAGAUGUCUGGAUCCUGCUCUCCAUCCUCAAGGUCUUGUGCCUGUUCUGGAUUAUUUACUACCUGCUGGGCACCAGCCGGCAGCCACACGCGGUGCUCUACCGGGACUCCCACGCUGGAGCCAUCUGGAUUAGGGGGUCAGUGCUGCUGUUUGGCAGUUGCAGCAUCCUCCUGAAUGUGUUUCAGAUUGGCUACAGCACAAUCCUCGUCCACUGCAAAUCCAGGGUGGAAAUUGUGUUCCCCAGCAUUGGAAUCCUUUUUAUUUGCACCCAGGCUUACUUUCUGUGGCAUCACUCUAAGGACUGCAUUCAAGUCCAGCACAACUUCACCAGGUGUGGGCUGAUGCUGACCAUAGCCACCAACCUUCUUCUCUGGCUCCUGGCCGUGACCAACGACACCCUGCACGUGGAGAUCGAGUCUCAGCUGCGUGAGGUGGAGCGGCGAUUCGCAGGCAACGAGACUACCUUGUGCACGUGUCCAAACACGACCAUCUGCAAAGUCUUCCAGAAGGGCUACAUCCUGCUCUACCCCUUCAACACAGAGUACUGCUUGGUCUGCUGCUCCGUGCUCUACGUCAUGUGGAAGAACGUAGGGAGACGCAUCAGCCACCACCACAUCCCACACACCAAGCCCAAAUUCAAGCUCCAGGGGGUGGUCUUUGGGCCACUGUUGGGCACCAGUGCUGUAAUCAUCGGGGCCUGUGUCUUCAUGAUGUAUCAGAUCCAGGCUACCAGCUUGGUCCCCAGCCGGCAGGUCUUUGUGAUCUAUUAUUCCUACUACAUUGUGCUCCUGCCCCUGAUGAGUGUGGGCGCUGUGAUUGGGACAAUGAUCCAUGCCUUGGAAAAAAAGGAGCUGGACACAUUGAAGAACCCAACCCGCAGCCUGGAUGUGGUCCUACUGAUGGGGGCAGCCCUUGGCCAAAUCGGCAUGUCUUACUUCUCCAUUGUGGCCCUGGUGGCCACUGACCCCAGGGACCUGUUGAACAGCCUCGCCCUGUCCUACUCUGUCCUCCUCAUCUUUCAGAACAUCACCCAAAAUGUUUUUGUCAUCGACGGGCUCCACCGGCAGCGCGCUGUAGCAGCAACCGAGGCCAAACAUGCCGGGCAGCACACGGUGGCUGCAGAGCUUCCUCGGGAAGAGGAGACCACGCUGAGCAGAAAGCAGGAGCAUAGCCAGACACCUCCUGGCAAGGAGGAAGACACUAAAGAAGAGCAGAAUCGUGAGGCCUACAGCCAGAGACGAGUGAGCGUGCUGGAACUGGGACAGGAGAUCCGGAAAGCUUCCUUGUCCUACAUCCAGACCUACUCUCACCUGAGCUGGAAGAGAAGAGUAUUGAGGGAGAUCUCAUUCUUCUUGGUUUUGUGCAACAUCAUACUGUGGGUCAUGCCCACAUUUGGGGCUCACCCCAUCUUCGAGAAUGGAAUGGAAAGGUCAUUUUAUGGUUACUCCACCUGGUUUGUGAUCGUGAACUUCGGACUCCCCUUGGGUGUGUUUUACCGCAUGCACUCCGUCGGGGGCCUCCUGGAGGUCUAUGUGACAGCCUGA